AUGUCCGCCUGCGCCACGUGUAAAGACAUGACCUUCAAUCAAAACCCUUGGGCUGAUAUUGACGAUACAGAGUUCAUCGAACAAGAAUUGAUGCUAAUUGAGAGAUGUGAAGAUAUCAAUUACAAAACGUUAUUGGGUGUAGAAGGUGUCAAUUCGGAGUCGAGAGACUGUUCUUACUGCACAGUACUUCGGAAGGUGCUUGAACGUAUUCGUCUUCGACAUGCUGAAGAAGAACGUAUCCGUCUUCAACAUGCUCAAGAAGCUGAUCCAAAAUGUUGGCUUUCUGGUCUCGCAUACCGAUGCGUAAGAGAGUACGGGAGUAAAUCAUCUUUCGUGGAGCUCCGAGUCCUUCUUACCGCCAAUCCACGUUGGCGGAGAUACUAUCUUCUCGCAUCUCCCAACACAGCUACCGACUCAUGCCCUUGGGAUUUGGAAAUCGCACCCAGGAUAUAUGGAGCCAGAAGACUGGACUCCGCCGUGAAACGUAUUGAAAGAUGGUUGAACGACUGUACCAGCUCCCACAGAAGAUGCCACUCUUUCGGUGCACUUGACCUGGAAGAGUCGCCAAUCCUACCCUCGCGCGUCCUAGAUGUGUGGCAUGGAAGUAAAUUCGUCAAGUUGAUUGAGACAAGCGAACAUCAACGCGGCAGAUAUAUCUGUUUAAGUCACCGAUGGGGCUCCAAGUCGUGUCCGGAAUUCAAAACAGAAAGAUCCACACUUGAAGCGUACAAGCAGGGAAUCGAGUUUACUCGAUUGCCUAAGCUAUUUGCAGAAGCGGUGCUGGUUGUGCGUCAACUUGGCAUCAACUAUCUGUGGAUAGAUAGUCUCUGCAUCGUUCAAGACGACAGUGAAGACUGGAACAGAGAGUCAGCUGAGAUGGGCUCAAUAUACAGAAAUGGCCAUUUGACUAUCGCAGCCGCUCGAUCACAACAUUGUGGAGAUAGUCUCUUCUCUCCAGCAUCAGCUUUUGAAACUAUCCAUGGGAGUUUGGGGGAAGAGAAGCCAUUCUCUUUGCUCCUUAAUCCAUACGGGAAAUCGUUCGCACCUUCGAGUGUACACCAUCCUCAUCAGGAAACGGUAGAUGAGCUCAACCCAUUAUCUUCGAGGGCUUGGGUGUUUCAAGAGCGGUACCUAUCUAGGAGAAUAGUCUACUUUCGCGAACAUGAAUUAGCAUGGGAAUGCCAGAAAGAGAUGUGUUGCGAAUGUGGGUUUGAGGAGAGCGGCGUUCCAGAUUGGGAGCAGUUUGUAAAGAAAGAAUUUUCAUACGCAGCGUCUAGUUCUGACUUCUGGCACAAGAUUGUAAGAAUUUACACCCGUUUAGAAAUGAGCCAUGCAGAAGACCGACUUAAAGCUUUGCUGGGAUUUGCGAAUGAGGUGCAAAGGGUGCGAAAUGGUCGAUAUAUUGCUGGACUAUGGGAAGACUCGCUACUUCAAGAUCUAUGCUGGGUAUGUCGCGACACUGAUGCACCUAUUCGCGUUAAGAGAUUAGAAAACGUGGCUCCCACUUGGUCUUGGGGAUCAAUCGAAGGCCAGUGCUCGUACAAGUUUGGUUCAGAGCUCACACCAAAAUGCGAGGUAUUGGCAAUUGUUUCACCGAGUCGCACACCAAAUCAGCAAACGAGAGAGUUUUCGGGUUGUAUAACUUUGCGCGCUCCAGUACUGCCAUUCAUACCCAAGGUCAACCCUAACAAUUAUAUGGCGCUUCCUGGGGUUAAAGUCUUAUGUCUGGAAAGCGACGAAAGCUGUGCCUUUAAGCCUGAUCGCGAUUACUCGGCAGAUGAGAGGGCUGACUUGUAUUGCGUACACAUUGCUGAUUUCCCGUGGUGGAAUAAUGAUGCCAAUUGUAACGAAGUAGCGCUUGUGGUCAAAUGUGUGGACAGUGGUCGACAAUUGUAUGAGCGUGUGGGGCUCUAUUACAAGUUCUCUGGCAAGAAUGCAUUCAACGACAAGGAUAGAAAAUUUGUUGUACACUUGGUAUGA